ACUGAUAUCGCGUAUAGCACAACGUAGAAACCUCAUCGAGCCGAGCCAAGAGAAGCCAGACGACUGUAUUAUGCAAAAUGCAUAUUCUCUGUCUGCGAAAGACCUUUCGUGCCACAGCCAAUUUCGCGCGAUUUAAGAGGAAUCAAAUUUCUCGCCAUGACAGCGAUCAAUUUUAUCGAAUGUUGACUCACCAGCGCAAACGAGGUGUUCUGGGUGAGAUCAAUGUCUCGCUAAACGAAAUCCCGCGCUUCGCAAAGGACCCAGAAACGCGAGACCGAAUCAAAGCCGCUAUUCGAGACAACAAAUUUCUAGGAGACCUCGACGAGUCCCGUAUCGAGGAGAUCAUUUCAGCCAUGUAUCCAAAAUCUGUCAAAGGGCAGACGCGACUCAUUCAUCAGGAUGAAAUAGGAUCUCAUUUGUACGUCUCGGAGAAAGGAAACUUCGAAAUAUACGUAGACAAUACAUUCUAUGGAAACUUCGGACCCGGAGUUGCUUUCGGGGAGCUGGCGUUGUUAUACAACACGAAAAGAUUGAGCUCCAUCGACGUGCAAACGGAUGGCAAGGUCUGGGUCUUAGACCGGAAAAUCUUCCUUGCUAUAAUGCAGCGGACCGAUGAAGAGUGUACGCAGUACAAUCUACAAGUUCUCCGCCGUAUCUCCGUGCUACGAACGCUACCCGAGGAAGUUCUCGCGAAGAUGUCCGAUUUAAUAGUUGUGGAAUUUUAUUCCUCUCAUUCGUACAUCAUACGUGAAGGAGAUCCGGGAGAUAAGUUCUUCAUAAUAAACGGCGGCAACGUUAGGAUCACGAAGACCAACUCAUACGGCAUAGAGGAGGAAAUGACGGUGCUGGAUAAGGGAGAUUACUUCGGUGAGAAAGCAUUGUAUGACAAUGGCGAUACUAAACGACAAGCGAAUGCUAUCGCUUUACCACCUGGUACCGAAUGUUACACGAUCGACAGACAGUCUUUUCUGGACUACCUCGGCGGAUUGGAAUCAAUUCGCAACAAGAACUGGCAAGUCUAUCGACGACCAACGAUCGCCGAUGUCUGGGACAUUAUGUUUCGCGAUUUGUCGUUAUCGGAUUUAGAGGUCAUCGGGACUAUAGGCGCCGGUGGUUACGGCAGAGUCGAAUUGGUCACUGUCAACUCAAUACCCAACAUCAGCUACGCCAGAAAAAAAGUGCGAAAGAACAUGAUAACAAUCAGAGGAUACCAGAAACUAAUUUACAACGAGAAGCAAAAUCUAAGACUGUGUACCUCGCCUUUUAUCUGCAAAUUACAUAGGACGUUCAAGGACAACAGAUAUCUCUAUUUCCUAAUGGAAGCAUGUCUGGGCGGUGAUUUACGAACAGCUCUGUAUAGAAAAGGUCGAUUCGACAAUUCCACCGCUCAGUUUAUCGUCGCUUGCGUUGUAGAAGCGCUUGACCACCUUCACACACUUGGUAUCGUUUAUAGAGAUUUGAAACCCGAGAACAUCUUGAUUGCUAAUAACGGCUACAUUAAACUAACUGAUCUUGGCUCCAGCAAGAUAAUAGGUGUUUACAAGACAACGACUUUCGUGGGAACUCCUGAAUAUCUAGCGCCGGAAAUUAUUCAAGUUAAGGGAUAUAACAGAGCUGUAGAUUAUUGGGCCUUGGGAGUUUUGGUAUACGAACUACUUCUUGGCAGAACGCCCUUCCAAGACGCGAACGACUUAGAAAUAUGUGAGAAAAUUCUAAAAGGCUUCGACGAUAUUCGUUUACCAAGUGUAGUAAAAAGCACUGCAAAAAAUUUCAUCCAACGUCUUCUACAAUUCGACCCCACAAAGAGACUCGGUUAUUUGCGAAACGGUGCCAUGGAUGUGCGAAAUCACAAAUGGUUCAGCAAUUUUGACUGGCAAGCACUGCAAAAUCAGACAAUGUCUGCUGCUAUAGUGCCAUCGAUAAAAAAUCAUCUGGAUAUAAAGAAUUUUGAUAGAUAUCCUCCAGACCGUGAACCUGUAUUGAAUGAUUUUUCUGACUGGGAUACUAACUUUUAAUCAUAAAAAAUUGAAUAUAUAUUAAUAGAAUAAGCCUAAUGGAAGCCUGGUGCUUUAAAAUGUAAUAUAUUUAAAAUGUAGUAUAUUUACAAUUAUGUUAAGUAUCUGUAAAAAAUAUUAAUCCCUAUUUUCUGACUACACAU